UUGACGAUGGCAGCGUGGUUGUGGCAGAGGCCCCUGCAAAUGGCAGACUUUGCGAUGAUGUAUCUUUCUUCUUGGAAAAAUUUUCCUUGAAUUUCUCCUUGCCUUCCUUGACUUUCCUGAACAUUUUGGACAUAUUGCAACGACGAUCGAGUACAGCCCCUUCAAGUCACCUAAUCAGGAAGCCCUUAGAGUACAAUAAGCGCCGUUCUGGCGGUUCUACGUGUGCUAAUAUGCACACACCCCGUACUCGAUCUCACGCUGCAACUCGCGUUGAGCUUUGCUCUGUUGGGAACACCUGCCACGAUAUGAUCGGAGGAGUUGGCAAAACUACUUAGCUAGGCCGGUCUCCCUUUGCAUGGUUAUUGAGGCAUUAACCCAACGCGAUGACGAAUUAAUCAUGCGGAAAUGCGUAGCACAACAGAUAGGAGAUUCAAUGGGAGUUUUUGUGGGAGGACAUGGAUAAAGCCUACUUAUUUCGUCAGCUCCACCACAAUCAGACACUCUCACCUGUUUCUCCCCGAUACUGUCACCCUCAAAUUAACCUACGCCUCCCGAUCAGCUAAUUUCGGGCACCGUUCUCGAUAUCUUAAGUCCACUGUCCAGACAAAACGGCCGCUUGUAUCACUGCUUACAGUGGCAUGCGAGCCUUCCUUAGUCUUGGCUUUGCCUUUCCCUCGCGCGCUAGCCGCGUUUGGUACGCCACUUAUCGUGUCAAUGGAAGACCUUCGUUCAUUGCUCUUGGUUUCUGCUCAUAUUCAGCACAUUCCUCCGUCUCACGAUGUCUACCAUUUUCCAUCCUGCUACUUCACUCAUUCAACUUCAUCAUGGGCACUUACCCUGACGCGGUCGUUUUGUGGCCAUUGCUAUCGACGCCGAGUUCAAUCAACGCCACCGAUGCCUACCCCAUGUAUCACUCACAUUUGCCAUCCUCCACCAUCAUCCGAGUCAACGCCACAAAUAUUUAUUACAUCGGAGCAUCGUCCUUGCAGUCUGUUAGUGCGAAAAAGUUCUCUUUUUACACACCUUCAUGUUACUUCCUAGCUGCCUCAGGCUAGUCAGCCAAUUAACUCACCCUAUCAAGGGGUGUUUUUUACGCUUCAAAUAGGGCCUAAACGGCCUAUUACAAUGUGGACAUCCUGGGAUGUCCUGGUGAUGCGGCUUGCUGCCAAAAAUGGACGGUGGGAAAAUCUGAGGACGUCCUGAUAACUAUGUGCCCUGCGAUGUUAGGGGAAGUUGUACAUACAGCUAUUUACAUAAAUAGUAGACAGGAAAAUCGAAAAGAUAAAUCAAAAUUAUCGAAAUGAG